AUGCCCUCCUAUGUGAAAGAGUCUGUGGUCAAGUCGUGGCAGUUAUUCCAGGGGGUGCUGAUCACGGGAAGUAGUCAAGAGGAUUCAAAGCCAGGGUCCUAUGUCUCUCGGGUGUGCGAUGCCACGCAAGACAUCCUGUUACGGUUUGCUGUUUACACGCCUACCAACGGCGAGGCGGCAAACGGAACAUGUUUUCCGGGGAGGAACUACUAA